GAUGAUAGAAACAAAGUUGAAAUUGAAAGUGAAGGAAGGAGGAGUAACAUUGUGGAUGACAAAAUGAAGGUUAAAAGUAUCAUUGGUGAUGUAAAUGAUGCAGCAAUACAAGGCCAAGGUGAUCUACCGGUUCAACCACAAAGACUGCAAAGUCUGGGUGGAAACAUCUACUGGGAACAAUUUCUCCACAUCUCAUCCAUCAAGGUUCUGCUGGUAGAGAGUGAUGACUCCACCAGACAAAUUGUUACUGCUUUGCUCCGGAACUGCAAUUACGAAGUGAUUGUAGCGGCCAAUGGAUUGCAAGCAUGGAAGGUUUUAGAAGAGCUAACUAACCUUAUUGAUCUUGUGUUAGCUGAGUUAGAAAUGCCAUGUGUGUCAGGCAUGGGUCUUCUUUGCAAAAUCAUGAGCCAUAAAACGCGCAAGAAUCUUCCUGUCAUUA